AUGUCCGCCAAAUCCUCCACAGCCUGGCAUACCUUCCUCACCCGCAGCCUCGUAUCCCGUCUCGACAACGACACCUUCACCAGCUACAUCCCCAUCCUCCUCUCCCAACACCCUCUCCCCCCCUCUCGAAUCGCCGAAAUCUUCCUCGAACCCAACGAUUCUCGCAUUCUCGCCCCCGACCCGCGAGUCCCACGAUACAUCCAGAUCCUGCUCACCCUCGGAACCGUCAACGCGCCUGCGAUUCUGCGCGCGUUACUAAGGUAUUCUACUGCUGGAGCGAGCGCGCAGGAUGGGCAGCUGGAAGAUGGCAAAGCCAAGGAGGGGCGAUGGGGGAAUAGUUACGCGACGGAGGAAAUGCUAUUCUACCGCAUCGCGAAAUUCGUGAGCAGUGGGUUCGCGCCCAAAGGCAACGUCGAGGCGGGGGAAUUACUGCUCGUCCUGGUGAAAUGGAUGGAGACGUCCCUCUCCGCCUACCACGCCGCGCAAGGCAUGCUCGAGCUCGGCGGCAUGAUGGAGGAGUUAACCGCGCAGAUCAUGGCGCUUGGGACGCUCGCGAUUGCCGUGCUGGAGAACGAUGGCGUUAUGAAUGUGAUCGCUAAGGGACGGGGGGCGAGAGGGAAGGAUCUGAGUAAAGUGCUGGGGAGUUUCGUGCCGAUGUUGUUGCAGAGUAGUCCGCAGAGCGCGGCGAGGUUGGAGUUAUUCCGGACGCAGACGCUGUUGGUGUUGGAGCCGGUGCGGAAGAAGGAUGAGAGUGCUGCGAAGGAGAUUGAUGAGAUUUUGGAUGAUCAUUUGGCGAUGGGGGGGAUGGAGGGUAUUGUGGUUGUGGAGUUACCUGUCGUUAAUUCGAGGGCGGGGUUGUAUAUUUAUUUGAAUUCUUUGCUUGUGGGACGGCCUUUGAUUGAUGAUGCGGCAAUUUUUGCGUAUUUGCAUAAUAGAUACCAGGGCGACUCUCAAUCUACUAUAGAAGAUUUAAUACUUGCUGCUUUCGACAUUUUGGCAGACGCAACCUCACGCAAUGAACGUGGGCAGACCAUCACCAUAAUCCGAUCCUUCCUCAUCAACAAAAUCCCCUUACUACUCACCACCCUCUCAUCAACCCUAUUCCCACCACUUACCGCUGAAUACUGCAUCACCGAAGCCCUCAAUCGAGUCGACACCAAUGCCUUUCCCACACUCUCAAACAUGUUUGACGAAUCGAGCAAUAACAACAUGUUCUCGGAUUCUGUCCGCCAAGAUUUCUGUUUUGCAUGUUGUUUGCAUGGGUUGAUUGAGGAAUCGAGUAUUGAGACGUUACUUGGGGAUAUUCCGAUGCAGAGUUUACCUGCUGGGGGAAGGUAUGUUAAGCAGGAUUUGGUGCAGCAGUGUUUGUCGGAUCCUGGGAGGGCGGAGGCGUUGAUUUCGGAGUUGGGGAAUAUGGAUGGGAAUGUUGGGGCGGUUAGUCAGGCUAUUACUGAGGUGAGUUUAGAUUCUGUGGUUGUCUUAUUUUCAUCUCUGCUGUUGUGUCAUCGGAAGGUUAUGUAG